AUGGAGCUUCAAGAUCAAAAACCAGUUGUGCUAAUCACAGGCUGCUCUCAGGGAGGAAUAGGCCAUGCAUUGGCACUUGAGUUUGCUAAAAAAGGGUGCCAUGUUGUGGCCACAAGUAGGUCAAAGAAAACCAUGAAAGAUCUGGAAAAUGAUCCAAGUUUCUUUCUGCAUGAACUUGAUGUUGUUUCAGAUGAAAGUGUGAAGAACUGUGUGGAAAAAGCUAUAGAAAAAUUUGGAAGAAUUGAUGUCUUGGUUAACAAUGCUGGAGUCCACUGUGUUGGACCUCUUGCUGAGCUUCCAUUAUCAGCUAUGGAGAAAACUUUCAACACCAAUAUUUAUGGUCCCAUGAGGAUGGUUCAAGCUGUUGUUCCCCACAUGGCAGCGAGGAAAAAGGGAAAGAUUGCCAAUGUUGGAAGUGUUAGCACAACUCUCCCUGCACCAUGGGCUGGUGUUUAUGCUGCCUCUAAAUGUGCUAUUCAUUCACUCACCGACACCUUGAGAUUGGAACUCCGUCAUUUUGGAAUUGAUGUAAUUAACAUUGUCCCUGGGGUUAUAACAUCCAACAUAGGAAAUUCUGCUAUUUCCAACUACAACCAAAUGCCUGAAUUGAAGCUCUACAAGCCAUUUGAAGAAGCUAUCAAAGAGAGAACAAAUUUAUGGAAAACAUCAAAAACGACCCCUACAGAAGUGUUUGCGAAGGAUACUGUGGCCGCGGUGAUGAAGAAAAACCCCCCGGCUUGGUUCUCAUCCGGUCGAUAUUCAUCCAUCAUGGCAAUCUUGUAUCAUAUGCCCAUCUUUGUUAAGGAUUUUAUUGCAAGGAAAACAAAGAAAUGUUGAGUGACCUAAUUACUUUAGGUUUCAUGUAUUGAUUCUUUUUGUAAGCUCUCAAAAUGUCACUCAUCAUAA